AUGCUGGAGCAGAUGAUUACGAUUACACAAUUGGCGCUUGAGAUCCAGGAGGAGCUGACAACCAUUUCAUCAUCCUUAAGGAAUGAGAUCGAUCUGAUAUCUGUCGGACUCGAGCACAACGACGAUAUCAUUUCAAGAUUGAAAGACGAACUCGAGAUGCUAUCUGAGCAGACUCUGCAGUACAUAGACAGCUCAGGAUGGAAAGACAUGGAAGAAAAUCAACCAGGCAUCCAGGCACAUCAGAGUGAAUGGUCGCAUCCGGAUGCAGCUGUGCAUCCGACAGAUAGCCAUGGAGCGCUGGGCGCGACCCUGUGGAGAGACAUCGUGAAUCUAGGACAUUUGAGCAAUGGCAUUCGACAGGCGUCUACAGAACGAGAGAGAAGGAUGCGGAUACUGGUCGAUCAUCUGCUAUCGGCUCUACACCGUGCAUACUCGGAGACUACUGCUGAGCAAGAGAGUGCAAAGUCUUGUCCGGUGCCAACACAAGGCAAUGGCGCGCCCGUGUAUGAAAGCAGUCUGAACAAGGAGAAUCGCACGGAGGAAGCACCUCGACCAUCUGCAGCGCGGAAGACCAACCCUGAGAGACUGGAGAAUGAGAGGUUCCGAAACAGAGCGAAGGUGUCGAUGGUUAAGAUCGGACUCCUCCAACUCUCGAACGAACUGAAGCAGUUUUCAGAGGAAGCUGAUUCGUUGCUCAACGCUGUGAAAGCUUCCUGGUCCGACCUUGCCUUUAAUACCGAAUUGCCACGAAAACUGCAGGGCUAUCUGAAUCAGAGAGGCGCAGUAGGAGACUGGCAUAGUGGAUCAAAAGACUGGGUGGUCCCGUAA